AUGAUGGUCCACGCCUGGUCCCUUUUCUCGGUCGUCCUGGCCUACCUCACAGUCUUGGCCGCCACUGAGACAUUGGAGGUGCUGCAGGAAUGGGAUACACUCGCGACGCCGGAUAACUUUGAAAUUGGCACGGAGAUCAAGGGUCUUAAACGUCCCUCUGACGAAUAUAACGACUACAAGCUCUACCGACAAGCCAUCAAAGGAAAGAAUCAACGCGUUAAAUGGCCCGUCGAGGGCGUCCUGCCGCGACCCCUCCCAAAGCUUGGUCAUACCAGGCCCGACUAUGAUCCCAGCCGCAAAUACCGCGUUCACUACGUGUUUCCAAGCAAGAAACAAAAGGAAAAGAACUUUCCAUUGAGGAAAUGGGCCGAGCCCCAAAUCGAGGAACUUCUUGAAUCAUCCGGUGUUGACCUGAAUAUGGUGGCUUACACCAACACAUCAAUCGAUGUCAAGAAUACCGGAGUUGGCGAGCAGCCUUGGAAGUUUCAAAUGGGCUUCCGCGGAGGGUGGAACCGCACCAUGGCAUGCUCCGACGCAACGACAGAGGAAUUCAAAGACACGGACCUGAACGAUCUUCCUGAUAUGAUUUGGGUCCUCGCGAUCGAGAGCUGCAUGACGGACAAGGAAGGUGGAUAUGACUCUCCCACUUUUCUUGCCACCGAGUUAUACUCGAGAUACACGCUGGCUGCGGCUGGUGCUGGACCCGCACUCCAGGGACCUGGCAUGAAGGCCAAGGAUAAGACGACGACAGAAACUGACAUGGUGAAGAUAGCGUCUGAUGGUAUCAAGGACGCCGGUAAGAAACUGAUAGGUGGAUUCCUUGACGCCGCCAAGCUCAUGGGCAAGUCAACCGUUGGGGAUGUUUAUGAGUACUUGUUUGGUCUGAACGGCAAGAAUUGGCAUAAGGAUGUCUGUGGCCACCCUCGAGAAGACCUCAUCUCAAGUCUGCUCGAUACAAACCAUUUGCGGAUAGACUGGAAGCAGGUCUUCAAAGCAUGCGCCAGGCACGGUGCUACGUCCUGGUGUCCUUGCGUGUGA